CCUUCGCUUCUCCGCUUCCCAUACUCACGUUUCCUCUCCUCCUUCACGUGAGGAGGGCAAGGCGAAUGCAAAUUGCAAAACACCUCCUCUCAUAAGUCUCAGAUCUCCUCCUCCUGCUCCUCCUCCAUCUCCUCCCGAAUGGCCCCUUCCCCGAUCUCAAACGCUAAUCCCGAUCCCAGUCCCUAACCUCAGCCCUAAGGUCGGAUCGGAUCGGAUCGGAUCGGAUCGGAUCCGCUCUUCUGCUUCUGCUUCUGCCUCUUCGUCGUCGUCUUAUUCCUUCCAGGACGAUGACGUCGUCGUCCUCCUCCCAUCCCCUCGGGGGCGCAUCGAGCGCGGGUCGCGUCCUCGGCCCCGCCCUCGACAAGAUCAUCAAGAACGCGUCGUGGCGCAAGCACUCCGCCCUCGUCGCCGCGUGCAAGGCCGUGCUCGACCGCCUCGACCCCCUCUCCGACUCCUCCGCCCCAGCCGCCGAUCCCCCCUCCUCAUCCUCCUCUAUCCUCUUCGGCCUCUCCGCCGCCGACGCCGACGCCGCCCUCCACCCCCUCACCCUCGCCCUCGACCCCGCCUCCUCCUCCCCCAAGGUCGCCGAGCCCGCCCUCGACUGCGCGCAGAAGCUCUUCUCCCAUCGCCUCCUCUGCGGCGACAUCGACCACUCCUCGGAGUCCGAACCCUCCUCCUCCACCGCCUCCCGCCUCCUCGCCGCCGUCUUCGCCUGCUGCGCUGGCCCCGGCGACGAUGCCGUCGAGCUCGCCGCUCUCAAGGUCCUCAUCGCCGCUGUCCGAUCCCCCGCCGUCGCCCUCCGCGGCGAGAGCCUCGCCCAGCUCGUCAGGAGUUGCUACAACGUCUACCUCGGCAGCCAGAGCGCCGCCAACCAGCUCUGCGCCAAGCUCGUCCUCGCGCAGGCCCUCACCAUCAUCUUCGCCCGCGUCGAGGCAGACACCAUGGAAGUCCCUGUGCGUACUGUCUCCAUUGCCGACAUGAUGGACCUCUCUGAUCGGAGCCUGAACGACGCGAGCCUCGUCCAGACUGCGCAGAACUUCAUCAAUGAAGCCAUGGAAGCUGGGAGUACCGAUGCUGCCCUGUCUGCCCUGUCGACAAAGAUGCCACAGCCACAGCAGCAGCAGCAGCAGGAGAAGAACAAUGCGGCGGAUGCGGAGGCGGGGAAUGGCGAGAUGAGUAAGAUCAGGGAGGAUGGCCUCUCCCUGUUCAAGAACCUCUGCAAGCUCUCGAUGAAGUUCUCGAUGCCGGAUAAUCCUGAGGACCCCCUCUUGUUGAGGGGCAAGGUUUUGUCACUGGAGCUACUCAAGAUGGUGGUCGACAAUGCCGGACCUUUCUGGAGGACCAAUGACAGGUAUCUUGGAGCAAUUAAGCAGUACCUCUGCUUAUCAUUGUUGAAGAAUAGCGCAUUGUCAGCAAUGAGUAUUUUUCAGCUUCUCUGCUCUAUUUUCAUGGGCUUGUUGUCAAGGUUUAGAUCUGGGCUGAAAGAGGAAAUAGGGAUUUUCUUUCCCAUGCUUGUUCUACGAGUUCUUGAGAAUAUUCUUCAGCCUAGUUUCCUGCAGAAAAUGACGGUUCUCAACUUGUGGGAUAAGAUCUGCCAAGACCCGCAGGUUAUUGUUGAUAUUUUUGUGAACUAUGAUUGUGAUGUCGAUGCGCCAAAUAUUUUUGAAAGGACUGUCAAUGGUCUUGUCAAGACUGCUCUUGGUGUCCCUCCUGGAUCUGUGACAACAUUAUCCCCAGCCCAAGAUUAUACUUUCCGAAAUGAGUCGAUUAAAUGCCUUGCUACUAUCAUUAAGUCAAUGGGCGCAUGGUUGGAUCAACAAUCGAAAAUAGGAGAUUUUUAUCUUAAAAGUACUGAGACUGAUCAUUCACCAGACAACCCUAUUUCAAUCAACGGAGAAGAAGGUAAUGGAAUUGAUUACGAAUUGCAGUCCGAUUUUAGUGUUGAACUCUCUGGUGCUGCGACACUUGAGCAACGCCGUGCCUACAAAUUAGAGCUUCAGAAAGGCAUAACAUUGUUCAAUAGGAAGCCUUCCAAGGGUAUUGAGUUUCUUAUCAACACAAAGAAAAUAACUUCUUCUCCGGAAGCGGUAGCUUCUUUCCUGAGAAGCACAGCUGGGUUAAAUGCUACAACUAUUGGAGACUAUCUGGGUGAAAGGGAUGAGUUCCCUUUGAAAGUUAUGCAUGCCUAUGUGGAUUCACUAAAUUUUCAAGGCAUGGAUUUUGGUGAAGCAAUUAGGUUCUUCUUACGAGGCUUCAGGUUACCUGGAGAAGCACAAAAAAUUGAUCGUAUCAUGGAAAAGUUUGCCGAGCGCUACUGCAAGUGCAAUCCGAAUUCUUUUACUAGUGCGGAUACUGCAUACGUUCUUGCUUAUUCUGUAAUUAUGCUUAAUACAGAUGCUCACAAUACCAUGGUCAGAGAUAAGAUGUCGAAGGCUGAUUUCAUUCGUAACAAUCGAGGAAUUGAUGACGGAAAGGAUUUACCUGAAGACUAUUUAGGUUCACUGUAUGAUCAAAUUGUGAAAAGUGAAAUAAAAAUGAGUGCUGAUUCUUCAACUGCACAAAGCAAGCAGCCAAGCAGUAUCAAUAAACUUUUAGGCUUGGAUAACAUUUUUAAUCUAGUUGGAUGGAAACAGGCGGAAGAAAAGGCUCUAGGUGCAAAUGACUUUCUUAUUAGGCAUAUCCAAGAUCAAUUUAAAGCAAAGAGUGGGAAAUCUGAGUCAGUAUUUUAUGCUGUCACAGACACGGCAAUACUAAGAUUUAUGAUGGAGGUUUGUUGGGCCCCUAUGAUGGCUGCUUUUAGUGUGACGCUUGACCAAAGCGAUGACAAGGCUGCGACGUCUCAGUGUUUGCAAGGCUUUCGAUCCGCUGUGCAUGUCACUACAGUAAUGCGUAUGCAGACACAGAGAGAUGCUUUUGUGACAACUGUAGCCAAAUUCACGUGCCUUCACUCUGCUGCUGACAUGAAGCAAAAGAAUAUAGAUGCUAUGAAGGCUAUAAUAUCGAUAGCAAUCGAAGAUGGUAAUUAUUUACAAGAAGCAUGGGAGCAUGUGUUAACAUGUCUUUCACGAUUUGAGCAUUUGCACCUGCUGGGUGAGGGUGCUCCCCCUGAUGCUUCAUUCUUUACUGUAACUCUUGCUGAAUCAGAAGAAAAACUGCCAAAGGUACCCACGAUUCCUUCCUUGAAGAGAAAAGGCAAUAAUGCGCUUCAACAUCCAGCAGUAAUGGCUGUUGUUCGUGGGGGUUCUUAUGAUAGUGCAUCAAUUGGAAACAAUACCUCAGCGCUGGUUACUCCAGAGCAGAUUAAUAGUUUCAUAUCAAACUUGAAUUUAUUAGACCAGAUCGGGAAUUUUGAGCUAAAUCAUAUUUUUGCUCAUAGCCAGAGAUUAAAUGGUGAUGCCAUAGUUGCUUUUGUAAAAGCUUUAUGCAAGGUCUCCAUGGCGGAACUGCAGUCUCCAACAGAUCCUCGCAUUUUCAGCCUCACAAAAAUUGUAGAAAUUGCGCAUUACAAUAUGAGUCGUAUACGAUUGGUGUGGUCACGUAUCUGGAACGUUUUAUCUGACUUUUUUGUCUCUGUUGGGUUAUCGGAGAACCUUUCAGUUGCAAUAUUUGUGAUGGAUUCCUUAAGGCAGUUGGCCAUGAAAUUUUUGGAGCGAGAGGAACUGGCAAAUUAUAAUUUUCAGAAUGAAUUUUUAAGACCUUUUGUGGUAGUUAUGCAGAAAAGUAGUUCUUCAGAAAUUAGGGAGCUAAUAGUCCGAUGUGUCUCCCAAAUGGUUUUGAGUCGGGUUAAUAACGUUAAAUCUGGUUGGAAAAGCGUUUUCAUGGUUUUUACAACUGCUGCUGCUGAUGAUCGAAAAAAUAUUGUCCUAUUGGCUUUUGAGACCAUGGAGAAAAUCGUUCGAGAUUACUUCCCUUACAUAACCGAGACGGAGACCACAACAUUUACUGAUUGUGUCAAAUGUCUUAUCACGUUUACAAAUAGCAAAUUCAACAGUGACGCCAGCCUUAAUGCUAUUGCGUUCCUUCGAUUCUGUGCUGUUAAACUUGCAGAGGAAGGAUUUCAAGUCAAGGAUACGGAGUACCAGUCAAAUGCAGAUGCUUCGGAGGGAAAUGCAGUCAACAGCAAGGAUGAUCAUACUUUCUUUUGGGUUCCCUUGCUUUCUGGUUUAUCAAAGUUGACAUCUGAUCCAAGACCAACCAUUAGAAAAGGUGCCCUAGAAGUACUCUUUGACAUCUUGAAGGACCACGGACACCUCUUCUCAAGCACGUUCUGGAUCACCAUUUUUGAUUCUGUUAUUUAUCCAAUAUUUAGCACUAAAGAAGGACGAAUACCAACUAGCCCGGUCUCAGCAACAACCACCGAACAACCUGACGAAGACUCUUGGAACUAUGAAAUCGAUUCUGUAGCUGCAAAAUGUUUGGUCAACUUAUAUGUUACCUUUUUUGACAUUGUGCGCCCACAACUAGGAAAUGUUGUUUCUAUCCUCACAACUUAUAUGAGAAGUCCUAAUCAACAAUCUGCUAGUACAGGUGUAGCAUCAUUAUUGCAUUUGACAGAAAAUAUUGGGAGCCAGUUGUCAGAGUCAGAGUGGAAGGGAGUCUUAUUGCGCUUCAAAGAAGCAGCUUUUCUGACUUCAUCUGUAUUCCCUAGAAUUGUCAGGAUCAUGCAAGAUGUUGAAAUUCCAGAUAAAACUGAAUCUUUAUCUGAUGCUGACCAGUAUUCAGAUCAUGAAUUUGCUACUGACGAUGAAGAGGAGGCUAAUAUGGAGACUGCAUCUUAUGCUAUUGUUAGAUUGAAGAGUCAUAUAGCUCUCCAGCUCCUAAUUGUACAGACCAUCGCUAAACUGUACAAGGUCCACUGGAGAUCAUUCUCAUCUGUCCACAUGAGCCUUUUAUUGGAGAUGAUAUCAUCUAUUGCAGCACAUGCAAGCGAAGUGAGUUCCGAGCGUGCUCUCCACGCCAAGUUCCACAAAGCAUGCUCUCUCUUAGAGAUCUCGGAGCCGCCGUUUUUCCACUUUGAGAACGAGUCUUACGAAAACUACCUUAUGCUCUUGCAGUCACUUCUCCAUGACAACCCCUCUCUCGCUGAGGAGAUGAAUGUAGAAUCCCAAGUAGUAAUGAUAUGUGAGAAGAUAUUAAAGAUAUACUUAACAUGUGCGGGAUAUGAACUGUCUGAUCAAAAUCGAAAAGAUGGACCGACCUUGCACUGGAUACUUCCUCUGGGAUCGGCCAAGAAGGAAGAAUUGGCUGCUAGGGCUUCGCUGGUUGUUUUGGUUAUGCGGUUAAUAAGCAGUUUGGAGACAGAUUCAUUCAAAAGAAAUUUGCCCUGCUUUUUCCCUUUGCUGGUUAAUCUUAUUCGCUGUGAACAUAGCUCCGGAGAAGUGCAGCGCGUACUGUAUGACAUCUUUCAGUCAUCAAUAGGGCCAAUUAUUCUGACAUAAAUAAGCAAUAUAUAUAUAUAUAUAUAUCACAUACAUUAUUUUUUUGGUGUAUUUAUAUUGAGAAAAAGAAGUUAUUUUGCUGUUUUAGAUUUGGAUUUAUGUGAAGGCGCCUUGCACUAGCAUCAAAGUUUCGACACUGCAGGUAUAUGCCCUGACGGGCCGCUUCACCACCAUCCACCUAACCGACAACUUCUUUCUCUCAUAUUGAUUUCAAGUUUUGUUAGAAUGUUAUCACCCUUGUAGGAAAUAUAAACUUGUAUUAAGUUC